UACCUGCGGUGGGCGGAGCCUCGUCCCUGUGUGACGGAGCGAACUGUCCGACCUUUGAAUCCUCCGCAGACGGAGCGCAGCCAGCGGCGCGAUGGCCACAGACUUCACCCAGGACGCGGUGCUGCACUUCCUCCAGAGCAGCGGCGGCUCGGCGAAGAACUCCGAGCUGCUGCUGCACUUCGCCGACUUCAUCCGGAACCACGCGGACCGCGAGCGGAACCGGGAGCUCUUCAAGCGGUUCGUCAACUCCGUGGCGACGGUGCGACAGGAGGGCGGCGUCUCUUACGUCACCCUCCGGAGGAAGUUCAAGGGACACGUCCCGGGCGAAGGUGCAGGAAGUGGGGCCCCCCGGACGAGGAGCACCGAGCCCCCGCCGGGGAGCAGCAACCUGAGCGCGGCCGCGGUGAGUGCAGAGAAGCCCGGGCUGAAGGCACCGCCGACAUCCGCCCCGGCGGGAGACACCGUCAACAAAACGAUCUUACCUGCAGCUGGAAUCGUUUUCAACAACAACAACAACAUCGAGACCAAUUUUAACCUGAAGAGGAAACAACAACAACAACAACAGCAGCAGCAGGUAAACACCACACCUGAACUCUCAGGUAGACCUGCAGCAGCUCAGAUCUCUGAGAACCUGAAGACCCUCAAUGGUCCGUCUGAGCCUCCUGUCCGACACCAAGAGACCACCAAGGUGCCUCAGCAGAGGCUGCUGUUUGGUCCAUCCCCUGGAAUCACACCUGUAGUCAGACAUCAUGGAGAAACCAUCCAGCAGGCGGCGGUCCCUCUUCCAAACGUCGUUCCUCGUUCUGAAAUCUUACCGCCAAUCAGACCUCAUGGAGAAACCAUCCGACAGGAGGCGGUCGCUCAAACCCUCUGGGCCAAGGAGACCCUUCUGCAGCCUGAGGGUGGCCUUCAUCAAGGGCCACCUCUUCACACCGUCAGCCCUCAUUCUGAAACCAUACCUGCAGUCAGACAUCAUGGAGAAACCAUCCGGCAGGAGGCGGUCGCUCAAACCCUCUGGGCCAAGGAGACCCUUCUGCAGCCUGAGGGUGGCCUUCAUCAAGGGCCACCUCUUCACACCGUCAGCCCUCAUUCUGAAACCAUACCUGCAGUCAGACAUUAUGGAGAAACCAUCCGGCAGGAGGCGGUCGCUCAAACCCUCUGGGCCAAGGAGACCUUUCUGCAGCCCGAAGGAGGCCUUCCUCUACAAACCAUCAGUCCUCGUUCUGGGGUCACUCCACGCCUACUCAGAAACAGGAAGAGCUACAAAUCUGCUGUUUCUCAGGAUGAUGAUGAUGAGGAAGAAGAGGAGAAGGUGGAGGAGGUCACAAUGAGGCGAGGUUCAGCAGGGGGAGUGUGGCCCCUCAUGGCUCCUCUACAAGGCGCGGGGAUGGUCCUCUCCGCCUCCUCGCCUUGCAUCAUAGAGUCACAAGCUCCUCGCUCUGUCGUCUCCUCUUCCUCGCCAACUUCUUCCCCGGAAAGGAAUCUCCCGAAGAUUUACAUCCAGGAUGUGGAAGGGGGAACCAGGCCUGUGCCCGUCCGUCAGAGGGCGGGCACAGGCCUGGAGCAAGCAUACGUAUCUGAAGAGUCGACGUCCACCAGACACAGCCGGCCGUUGGAGGCGGGGCGCUCCACGCCGUCUCCGGACCGGCCUCAAGAAGCUUCGCCUCAACGCGGUAUCCAGCAGGACCGCCGGUACCCGCAGGCCUCAGGCGUUCAGCUGGAAGCCAGGCCUCAUCAAGACCAAGGGGCGCGGCUGUCCUCGAGCCCCAGCAGCGUCUUCUCGCCCUCCUCUGACGCUGGCUUCUCCAGCAGUGACUGUCCUCCGUCUGGCUCCUCCAGAGGAUCGGGGUGGUACGGCAGCUACGAGGAUCUACGGGCCCCAGCAGGUGCGACCGGGGGUGCGGCUAGAAUCGAGGACGUUCUCCAGCGGGCCCAAGGCACCAAGUUCGGGUUUGUGACGCAUCUCGGCGACAGUGAAACCAAAGUGGACGACCACGAUCUCAUAGCUCAUUCGUCAACGCCCCGUCGCUCCACGGAACAUCUCCGCGACAACCAGGACUCUAAACUCCGCGUGUUGCCGUGGCACCUCUCCACAGGGGAUCUGUGCGACAACCACGAGGACGCCAAGUCGAGUGAGGGCUCCAGCUUCUCGUCGCCGGUCCAGCAGCGCCCGGCGGCGGCCAGGCGGCUCAGCAUCCAGGCGAGGAGCCGGAUGUGCCGCAGCCUGGGGGCGGACCUGGACCAGAUCCUCCAGGAGGAGGCGCGAGGGGGAGGCGGGGGUGGAAGCGAGGCGGCCCGACUGAACCGCCUCAACCUGAUCUCCUCCUCUCUCAGCCUGAGUUACAACCUUUCCACCUCCUCUCUGUCGUCCUGUUCCACGCCGCCUCGCUGCCAAAGCCUCGCCGACCUGGUCGAGAGGGAGGAGCGGAAAGGAGACAGGAGGAGCCUGGACACCGCCUCCUCCGCCGCUCAGCAUGAAGGCCACAGUAGACAGUCGUUGGUUCCUCUGGAGCCCAGCGAGCACAUCUGGCUGGUGAAGGGGGCCGCGGGGGCCUGGCCCGACAUCUACUCCCUGUUCCGAGAGGAGCCGUCCCUGCUCAACAAGCGAGACUUCAUCUCCGGCUUCACCGUGCUGCACUGGAUCGCUAAACACGGCGACCACCGAGUCCUCAACACCUUAUGGUACGGCGUUGAAAAGGCCGGUCUGAUGUUCGACAUAAACGCCAGGGCGACGUGCGGCCACACGCCCCUCCACAUCGCCGCCAUCCACGGCAACAAGAACAUAAUGCGGCUGCUGGUCAACAAGUUCAACGCGGACGUGCGGCUCAGAGACACGGCGGGAAAGAAGCCCUGGCAGUACCUGAGCUGCGCCGCGCCGCUGGACGUCUUCCAGCUGCUGGGAGCGCCGGCGCGAGCUGCCCUGGAACGGGACGAGGGAGGUAGGAGGGUCGACGCCGACUGGGAGCAGCAGCAGCAGCAGCACCGCAGCCGGCGGCGCCGCCAUCACUUCUCCUCGGCUGCGUCGGGGGAGAGGCCGCUGACCGUCGCGGGCACCAUCAGGGUGAAGAGGUCGUCGUCGAUCGCCGCGUUACUCAAACACAAAUCACUGCGUCGGUUUCAUGCACAUAAGCCUGAGAUCUCCUUUUGAAAGAAACCCCCAAAAACUUGGUUUGAUUUCUGAAACCACAGCACAUUCUGAUUCUUAACACUGACACGUCCAGUAGCCCAAGUCCAAAAUAAUGGCAGCUACGACCAAACUAACAAAUGUGGCUAAAGGUGUAGCCAGUGUUACGGUUAAUUACGGAAUUGUGCUAACGAAUCAAAUAAAGUAUCAGGUUGAAAAUUGUGUGUAGUCUUGCGCUUCCAACUUCGCCCAGUCAGAUCAGUGUUUACAAGUACGUUUGCAAUAUUUGGGACCAAAGUGAAUUUCGCCGUCGUGAAGAGAUUAACUGGAAAACAUCUUGAUGCUGAAGAGAACCGGAAAGUCCAAACUGGCUUUCAGUGUCACUGGAUAUUCACUGGAUCCGAGUCGCAGCGCGAAGCGGGAGGGGAUUUGUGAGCACUUGGCGUCUCUGUCGCGAGGUCGACGCUUUAUAAAGCUCCAGUUUCACUCUGACGCAGAGACAUUGUUCAACUAUUGGGGCACAAAUUCUAUGUUCGGUGAUGUUGUUUCCAAAUCAGCCACUGGUUUUUCCAGUUUCUUCCUUCCUCAGUUUUAUUCCAUAUCUGUGAAUAUUAACUAAUCGUGAAGAGAAAUGUACAUAUGCAGGUUGUGGACUAAAUAUCACAAACACCUAAAUACACUAAAAUAAAGUCACUAUGCAGCA